AACACCGGAGUUCAUUUCCACCGGAAAUAGCCGGACUAUCUUUACAGAGGGGAAAGGAGUAGUUCAAAGAAACACGAAAACCUGCUUGUAACGUUUGAAUUAAAUACAUGAGGGUAGCUAGCCAACUUGGCUAGCUAUUUAGGUAAUUGAGCCUUUUGCCAAACGUGUUUGAAGUCACCAGCCAUGGCAGAACGUGGUGCACAUUUGACAGCUGCAGCUGCAGAUGACAGACCGUCCAUAUUCGAGGUCUUGGCACAGGACUCCCUGAUGGGUGCAGUCAGACCCGCCUUGCGACACGCAGUGAAGGUGCUGGCUGAGUCUAACCCCUCUCGCUACGGAUUCCUCUGGCGGAGAUUUGACGAGAUUCACGGUGUUCUCGAUGUAUUUCUUCAGCACCAUUUUCUGUCACGGACUAGCGCCUCAUUCUCUGAGAACUUUUACAGCCUAAAGCGCGUGGCUGCUUCUGGUCGCGAGCGGCCAGCUCACCUGGGUCUGCGUGGGAAACACCACUGGUGCUCGCUGAUCCUGCUUGCCCUCGUUCCUUACUUGAGGGCCAAGCUGGAACAGGUACUGGCCAAGCAGAGGGAUGAGGACGACUUUUCCAUCCGCCUGCCACAGACGCCCUUGCAGAGGAUGUACAGGGCCUUCCUGGCAGCCUACCCCUAUGUCAGCGUGGGCUGGGACAGCUGGGUGUUCUGCCAGCAGCUGUUGUAUGUGUUUGGCCGAGCCAAGACCCACUCACCAUUUCUGUGGCUGGCAGGUGUCAGGCUGGCUCACCUCACAGGACAUGACAUCACAAAUAUGGACCUCAAACCAGCCUCGCCUUCCAGGGCCAUCAGCUCAAGUGUUGGUGAGAGGCUGCGGAGGCUGACGUCGACAGUGGUGGGGGGUGUGGCUCUGUCCCUCUCCACUAGUCUUUCCUUGGGAGUGUUUUUCCUGCAGUUCCUUGAGUGGUGGUACUCCUCAGAGAACCAGAACACCAUCAAGACCCUGACCUCCCUCCCCACACCACCCCCUCCCAUCCACCUCCAGAACCAAGAACCACUGACCAGACACAGCAAAGCAUGUCCACUCUGCUGCAAGAUCCGCACCAAUGAUACCGUCCUCUCCACCUCUGGGUUUGUCUUCUGUUACCGCUGUAUUUAUGUCUACAUCAAAGCCAACCAGAGGUGUCCGAUGACUGGGUACCCCACUGAACUUCAGCAUCUCAUCAAGAUUUACUCACCAGAGAGCUAGAGAGAAUCUUAUUUCCAUUCCAAUGAAGGACUUUGACAAUCAUGUCACAAUGACAAUUUAUACUGUAAUUGAUUUGUUAGUUGACUAUAUCCCUUAUGACCACUUGUAAAUAAUUUAAAGCACUAACAUAUCCCUAGCCGUCAUAAUAGUUUAAAUGCCCAGUGCAGAUAUUUUUCUCAAUAUCAACUCCCUUUUUUCUAUAUUUACAACUUAGGUCAGCUAUGCUGGCCUAUGGAGUCCCUUGGGAAACCCAACUACUGAAACAUCCCAUGGGAAUUAUCAAUAAAUUAUGUGGGCUCCCGAAA